AAUCAUAAUCUACACAAGAUGGCGGAUAAAUAUAGACAGGCGCUGGGUCAGAUUAUCCGAGAGCCGGGUAAUGGUGCUUGUGCAGAUUGUGGAACAGAACGUCCGACAUGGGCAUCUUCGACAAUUGGGAUCUUCCUGUGUCAGGACUGUGCAGGGAUGCACCGUGCUCUCAACAGUGUCAGUCGAGUCAAGUCCGUCACCCUCGACAACUGGGACUCUGACCAAGUGGAGCUGAUGCAGGGGAUCGGCAACAACAGGGCGAAGGAGAGGUAUGAACUGCACGUUCCCCCGUUCUACAGACGACCACAGAAGGAGAGUGUGGAUGUGUUGAAGAAGGAAUGGAUAUUCGCCAAAUAUCAGCGUCUGGAAUUCACUGAUGCAGACAAGCAGGAAUCUUACAAUUGUGCAAAGAAAGAAGGACUUUUAUUAAAACUUGGUCGUGAUAGAAAACUCUUCCAACAAAGGAAAUUUGUUCUUUCUAGGCCAGAAAACAAACUUCAGUAUUUUGUGAUAGAAGAAUCAAGCAAAGCACCUCGACCUAAGGCAGAGAUAGACCUGGAUGAGGUGAACGCAGUGUUUGUACCUGAGAAGAUAGGUCACCCCUAUGGCAUGCAGAUUACCUUUUACAAGAAUGGCUCCACCAGAAGCUUGUUUGUACAUUCAGAAAGCUCAAGAGACAUUGUUGACUGGUACCAUGCUAUCCGUGCAGCCAAGCUGGAACGCAGGAGGAUAGCAUUCCCAGACAGAGACCUCGACACACUGGCAGAGGACUUGACACGUGACUUCAUGUUAGAGGGAUGGCUGAACAAGAUGGGGCCACGCAAUGAACCUUUCAAGAGGCGAUGGUUCACACUUGACAAGCGCAAGCUCAUGUAUUAUGAAGACCCACUGAAUGCUUUUCCUAAAGGGGAGAUUUUCAUUGGUCAUCGUGAUGCUGGGUACCAUGUAACGACAGGGGCUUCAGAAGACAAGCCAACAGGGAGCAGUCCAUUCUGCUUCACUCUACACACGCCAGACAGGAAGUUCGUGUUGAAGGCAGAGACUAAGGAAGAGAUGGACAAAUGGGUGGACACACUCAACAAAGUGAUCGACAUGCCCCUUACUCCACAAGACAGUAAACUUGCUGCUAUUCUUGUUCCAAAGAAGUCCAACUCUAUUCGGCUGAUCAAGCGGUAGAAGCAUGAGUUUUGUUACGGUUUGUCAUCAUAUCUAAGUCAGGACGGGGAUGGAGUUCAGCCACUAACGACGUGGAGUUAUCUCCCUUGACACACCAACAUGGCCACUAUGGUAACAGAUAUCAGCAAAUGUGGGCAUGUAAACAUGUCUAUAACAGGAAACAAUGACAGUGAUGCCGGUAUUUUGAUCAAGUGUCCAGAAUUCGGAUGGUAUAUAUGAAAAGUGGAUGAUAUGAUGUGAAAACAUAACUCACUGUAUUUAUGCAUUGCUUUGUUGUGUAGAUACACCUAAUUAUUAUUUGAUAAUGCUGAAAUGUCAUGUUAAAUAUCACACAUAAUUCUGUAUAUCUGAUAAAUGAAGCUUACAGGGUUUGGGCACAUUACUGGAAUGAAGAUGGCUACAGAGUUGUAAGACUUCUUUGUAUUUCGAUGCAACAUGUAUGUUCCAGUAUUUUGUUUUGACAGUGUUAUUCUAUAAUAUCAUGAGAGGCUAUAAAAACAGGUGUUUAUCAACAGAAGUUAAUUUCAAAAUGGCCAGGCAACAAGGCUUUUUCUUUAAUUUUUCCUCAGGCAGAAAAAGUAUCAAGGCUUGAUCACCUUGAAUUGUUUACAUGACAUAUUUAAAUGAACAUAUUUCAGAAAUGGUAGAGCCCUACAGUGUAAAAAUAUAAUCUGAAAUCUGUAUAAUUGGAAGAGUUAAAUGUUGUACAGUAAGUUGACGUUUCUCCUGUAUAUAUGUGACUAUAUUCAUGUAGCGAGGACAUGCUUUUAUUUCCUUGUUUACCAUGUUUGCUAGAGACCCAUGUUAGAGAUAGAAAUAUAGAAACUGAGCCUAGACAUUGAUCAUAAUAAACUAAGGUAGGUUUACUUAAUACAAUUCAUGUAAGUACAUCAUACAAAUUACUCUGUACAAUAUACACUUGUCAAGUGGCCGCUUGUUCCUAUUUUAACGUCACUUAUUUAAUCUUGAAUCCAAGAUAACUUCAUGAUUAUUAGAGAAUGAAUUAUAUGAGAGGAACUUGUGUGAAAAAAAGUAUAAUUACCUGUAGAAAUGAUUUGAUAUCUUGUUCAUGUAUCUUUCAAAACCAAUGCAAUGUGUUGUGUUUCCAAGAUUUGCUGUUCGUAAUUCCAAAGGUGCCAUAAUUAUUAUCACGACUAUAUCCUUUCCAGUGCUUGUGACACUAUGUCUGUACAUCAGUUUGUAUAGUACCCUAGGGCCUGGCUUGAAUGUGGAGCAGGAAUACAACAGCCAGGGACAGCUCAGAUGUGGUUCCAUUUGCAGAAGAAUUCACCAGUGAAAAAUAGUGGGUUAAGUAGGGACAGGUUUCCAUCAGAGUUAGUGGGAAGAGUAGUGCAAGGUACCCCAACUUGAUAGGAAUACCUCAUUCAAUGUUUAAACAUAGGUCCUUAUAUAAAACACAAACUUCUUGGAUAUCACAGGAGAGAUUAUAUGAGUAAAGGGUAAAAUAUACCAAACUGUCUCCCUUUUGUCAAACAAUGGGAUCCAUCUUCAACACAUGAUGGUGCCUAAAUGACAACCACAAUUAGGAAAUUCAGGUGCGUUAUAACAUUUAGUGGUAAUUGUAAAUUUUAGCAUUCGGAAUGGUAUGUCACAUCGGCUUGGAUAAC